AUGUCGCGGAUUCCUAAAUGGAAGAUUGAAAAGAGAAAAGUGAAAGUCGUCUUCCGCCUACAAUUCCACAACAAGGGUGGGACAAGUUGUUUAUAUCUCUUAUCCCCAGGGUGGGACAAGUUGUUUAUAUCUCUUAUCCCCAUCGGUGUGGGCAAAACAACUGUGAAAACAAAUAAAGUAAAUGUCAGAAAUGGGAGCUGCAAGUGGCCAGAUCCGAUCUAUGAAACUACAAGACUUCUCCAGGAUGCCAAGACUAAAACAUAUGAUGAGAAAGUGUACAAGCUUCUGGUGGCUACCGGGUCUUCCAGGUCAAGUUUCCUUGGAGAAGUUAAUAUCAACCUUGCAGACUUUGCAGAUGCACUAAGACCUUCAUCUGUUUGUUACCUCUUACUAAUUGUGAUUUUGGAACAAUUUUACACGUCACAGUCCAACUUCUUACUUCCAAAACUGGUUUCAGAACUUCUCGAGACUUCACUGGCCUCUGAAAUUGAAGUUACAGUUAUGCGAAGUCAUUUCUGUGACCGGAUGCAGGAUUCCUUUGCACAACUUCAGACAUCAUUACAAUCUGAUUUUGAUAUUAUUUUUCGGGAGAAAGAGAGCCUUAUUGAUUACAUAAACAAAAAAAAUGCAGAACUUGAAGAGGUGCAGCUUAGAGCUGCAACAGUGGAAGCUGACAGUAAUUGCCACAUGAAGAAAUAUGAAGAAUUGAGCUUUGACCUGGUUAAGAGGUUGUUUGAGAAUUUGGCCUUAGAUCGAUCUGUUAACCAUGAAGGCAAUAGUGACUCUGAUUUCCCUUCCAUAAGGUCAAUUGAGCAAAUUUUGCAAGAUGACAGCUUUGAAUUGUCAGCAGCCUUCCAAGAAUUGCCAAAUUACAAAGAUACUAAUUCGGGAAUAGAUGCUUCAACUGUGGAUUUCACAAAUUCUCCAAAUACAGCUGUUGGAGUUGUGCUGCCAACUAUUGCUGAUGAGAAAUCAUGCUCUUAUUCCCCUCCAAAUUCAACAGCUUUUAAGGAUACUGAAAGUGCACUUGGACAACAAACCAAAUUCACAGAUAAUAUAACAGAUAUAACUGACAUUGAGGAGCACUUCAAAGAGCAUCAGAAGUUAAUGUCUGGCAUAGGCAUGCUACAGAAGGAGUUGGAGAAGCUAAGAAAUGAGAAUUUAUCAUCACUAAUUCCUUUAGAACACCAAUUUCUAUCAUCCCAUAAGAUUUUAGAGAGAGAUUUAUCACAACUUGACCUGAUCAAUCUGGAACUUCCCUUGGUUAAGCAAAUGAGCAACUGGGAAGCAUUUUUCCUUUAUUCAAGGAACUUCCUGAAAGUGGCAACGCAUUGGAAAGAGUACUUCCUUUGGAACUUGAGCUUGCAGAAGCAUUGCAGUAAAAAAAGAUAUCAGAUUUUCACGUACGAAGCUCAUUCCUGAAACAACAUGACAACGACGCAUUAGUGUUCCAGAGCUUCAGGCACAUCAAUGAACUGAUAAAAGAGAUGCUGGAGUUGAAGACUCGAUAUACUGCUGUUGAAACUCUUGAAUUUGUAUUUUUCCUUGUGCUUAUUAGUUCUCUCCUGAUAUUUGUAUUUUAGUUCUUCGAUGAUCCAAUCUCUCGCAAUAGAUGCUGCAGUUCGCUUGCAGCCGCGUUGUAGUGAAAAAAGUGAAAAAGAAUCAGGUGAACUUUCAUAUACCACCCGCCUUCUGGUAUCCAAUUUGCAGAUUGGUUGCCUGAUUGACAAAGCUGGAUCAAUAAUCUCUGAGAUGAGGACUACACGUGCCAACAUACGUGUGCUUUCAAAAGAAAAUAUUCCGAAAGUUGCUUCUGAAGAUGAUAAGAUGGUUCAGAUUAGUGGUGAGUUUGACAUUACAAGAGAUGCACUUGUCCAUGUGACAACUUGUCUAAAAGCCAAUUUAUUUGAAAGGGAUAGUACAUCAGCUGCACAUGGUUCUUCUGCUCCUCACCAUCGUUUUCCAGUUGAUGCUUCUGUUGGUCCAAAGUAUCAUGGAGGCAGGGAUAGUAAAUCACAUGGUCAUGGGUUUUCAUAUUCUGAUGGAUAUGGUGCUUCCCAUAAUUUGCCAUCGUCUGAUACUUAUGCUGGCUAUGGCAGUUCUCAAGGAGGUGGUAGCAAUUACAGUUCAUAUGAUGGAUACUCUUCCCGUUAUGGAAACAUUGGGUAACAGUUUAUUUGUUUUUUUUUUUUUUGCUUAUUUCAUUCACAGUUUUAAAAUGUUUGCCAUUAAUGCUUUACAUGGAACCUUAUGGUUGGAGGUUUAUAGAGAUUAUUAGAAUAUGCCCAUUCAGGAUCAUUGAAAACUUGAAACACCUUUGUUAGUAUUACCCCAACUAAUUUAGUUUGGACUGCAGCAAUCAGUAAUUUUGAAGUUAUAAUUUAGAUGAGUACAAACUUGAUGAUCUGUGGAUAAGGUCAUGGAUGUACUGAAUGUUGGAAAAAAUAAGAAUUUCUGGUUGUCUGAGAUUGUUAUUUAUAGCAGUUGCGGGUUAAUGGUUUUUUGAUUUUUUAAAUAUUUGUGGAGGUUACAAAUGCUAAGGAAGAAAAGGUUGUGUACUAUUGUAUUGAAGGAAGGUAGAUUGCUCAUUGUCCUAGAGUUAUAUUGGUAGCCCAGGAAGAAAAUAGAGAGGAAAUGUAGAAAGCAAUAUCAGAACUCUAAUGUGGCAGUUAAAUUCUGUAUCUAGUGCGAAGAGAAAAAUAAAUAAAUGCAAAGGUCAUGUACAAUUUCCUUGUCAAACUUAAACCCUAUUUGAUUUUUUUUACUAUGUUUUACGUUCUAUAAGAGAAUAUGGUGGCAUUGCACUUUUUAUCCCGUUUGAAAUCUCAUACCAUAUGUAGUAGCAUGUGCUAAAGACCAACAUAAAUCACCAGAACAUUGGCCGUUGUGUGUAUGCCACCUGCUGUCUUACUCCAGUACAAGGCAAUGUAUUGUCUUUUGUCUUCUGUUUCCAGUUUCUAGGCCUUGGUUUUUUAUUCUAAGAAUGGCUAGUUUUAGUCAAAUUUGUUUUUUUUUUUUUGCAAUAGAGAGAUGGGAAAUAAGGAUUGUUUGAUAAAUUAGUUGACAAUUAUAAUGUGGAGAUGUGACAGGUCAUCACAAAUAACUUAUUAGUAUGUAAAGGGCUCCAAUUAUGGGAAUCUUCAGACUCUUCUACAGCAAUCAAUUGAGAAAAGAGACAAUUUAAAUCGGAAUCCUAACUUUUGGUCAAGGUUUUUGCAAUGAUUAUUUGACAUCUCAGUAUUGUAAGGAAACAUGAAUUUCCAAUUAUGGGAGCCAACAAUGUGUGAAUCUAAUAGAUUAAGUUUCAGAAUAUUCUAUUACAAUUAAUUGAGAAAGUUCACAAGAGUUGCCUAGUAGUGUUUAAAUGUCAAUAAAUGAUCAGAAUCUUGAAACAUUUGGUUAGCAGGGAAAGUAAUGUACUAUGGAUGGAAGAGGGGAGACCAUGGAUAACACUUGGUAAAUCGUACCAUGCCUUGUUAUACUAGAAUUGUAAGUUUAGUUGGCAUCCGACACUCAACAGUAUGCCAAAGUAACACAUAUCAUUAUGCUAUGGCAGUAGGUCUUUGGUAGAAAAACAAGUAAAACUUUAGCUAUUGAAGGAAAUCAAUGAACUCAAAAAUUUGGCACUUGGCAGUACUUAGAUUUGGCUUAUCAUUUUUGGAUUCUUCCACCAGUGCAUGCUGUACUUCUUAUCUGAUGGUAGACAAUGUUGAUUUUAUCUAUGUAAUAGUUUAAGUCUCCGCAAAGCUUGCACUAAGCAUAAGGGUAGGUUACAUCUCAACUGUUGUCAUUUUGCCAAUUAAAUAGUGUUUCCAUAUGAUUUUCAGGUCUGAGUCCUUGUUCUGAUACUUCUUUUAUUAUUGUUAUUAUCAUAUGAAACUAAGUACCUUCCAUUAUUGUGCAUGUAUUUCUUUUACCUGCAAAACCCUCAACGUUAAUAAACUUGAGAAUCAAUUGCUAGUUAUCCGAUGCUCUUCCGAUUAUCAUUUUUCACUAUACCUUCCACAUUAAUCACCAAUGGUGUUUAAACAAUUGCACGUGACAUUCGAUAUUUGCUAGUUAUGCAAUCCGCUUCUGAUAAGUUCUCAACCUCUUUGUGGCCAUGAUUUUAACUCCAUCUUAAAGAUGAUUUAGAUAGCCUAUAUUCUUAAGCGUGCUCAUUACUGACAAAUUGCAAGUGUCAGUACCUGUGCAGCUUUUCAUAUUAUCCAGAGAGAAUUGUUUUUGUUGCCUUAAUCAUUAGCAUGCUUUGCCAGGUUAUCUGGUCCCAACAGAUCCCAUGGGAAACAUAAUGAUUAUUAAAACCUCAGUGAGUAGGACCAACAGGUAGAACAUCCUUUUUGAUUCUGAAAUGCAUGAAAUGGUAUCCAACAUAAUUUUGGAAGCUUUGUUGCUUCAUGACCCUAAAAACCUAUAUUAGACUUCUAAUGCAGCUAAUCUUUUUCACCUUUGUUGCCUUGCUCUCCUAUUAAAACAGUUUAGGUCUGAGAAGCCUGGAGCUAGCCUAUAUAUGAAUCCUCAAGCCUAAACCAGACGACCAGAUGAACAAGUCUGAGAUGUUUAUCUCCCACAUAAAAUGAUGUUACCAUUUAUCUCCUACCUCCCCCUAGCUUUAUACCAGAACAUUACUGCAUAACCAUGGACCUAAGCUUCAAGCUUCCCAAUCAAGCUUUGUUUUAAGGAUUAUUCAGCUGUUUGUAUUUUGAACCUCGACUAUCCUCUGUUGGUGAUCACUGAGUAGUGUGCCUAUAUUUUAGAUAUUGUUUCUGAUUGAAACCAUCUGUGGAAGGUUCCUACUGAUCUGUACCUUAUUGAUGUCCUAUUACAACGUUUAGAUUUA